UACUUCACGACCAAACACGAGAUAAAAAAUGGCGAUGUGUCGGUGGUGUAUAUGGACGAAGAGCGGAAAAGUCGUGAAUAUCUUAAACAGACCAGACUCUUCCAUCAGCCACAGAUGUCUGCAUAAUUCGUAUAAUGCAUUUCAGCAAAGUACAGGAAGAUUUGAGGCAGAUGCUCUAAUAAACAUAAGCCAUCAACAGAACUUUGAAGCUGACUAUGCCUCUUCACACAUUCCCACUUCAACUUUUCAAAAAAUAGCACUGUUCUUUGGUUCAUCUGCUGUUGCCCUCAUGGAUCCUUCAAGGGGUGACAUGAUUGCUACUUUGGGUGAAACAGGAGGAGAGGGACCAAUUAAGUAUAUGCAGCAGAAGAUGCUACAGAAUGGUGAAGGAAAACAAAUCUUAAUGGAAAAGCCUCGAAUUAAUUCUGGAACUGUUGACCUUCAAAAGUUGAGGGAACUACCAGAAGGAAGUCUGGGAAGAAUCUACACUGACUUCCUUGAUAAGAAUAAAGUUGGUCCUGACUCUCGUUUAAUGGUUCAGUUCAUUGAUGAUGUGGAAUUGGCAUAUGUUAUUCAGAGGUACCGAGAGGUGCAUGAUCUAGUUCAUGCAAUCCUAGGAAUGCCAACAAACAUGCUUGGUGAAGUGACAGUGAAAUGGAUAGAAGCAAUACAAAACAAAUUACCUAUGACUGUGGGGGGAGCUGUUUUUGGAGCAAUACGCCUCGCCCCAAAGCAAAGGAAGAAGUACGUGCAAUAUUACUUACCCUGGGCAAUUAAAACAGGUUUGACAAGUGAAUUUUUGCUGAACAUAUAUUUUGAGAAACGCUGGGAACAGCAAGUCUCUGAUCUUCUUAAUGAGGUACAUAUAACACCAUUAAAAAUACCAAAGACGUGAAGACUAAUAGAAACAUAAAAGUUCCGUGGAUAAUUAAAGAAUAUCAGUUAAUUACUGUAAGGUUGCACUCUGGUAUUCAAGAAGGCACCUGUCAAGAGUGUGGACAAGGUUGUAUGUAGUGCUCAUUGCAGAAAGUAUUUAUUGUGAUGAAAUCCAAUAAGCUACACAGCUGUAAAAAUAUUUAUACAAAGUUUAUCCACUUUCAACAGGUCUUUCAAAUUAUUCAUGUGAAAUAAAUAAUAAAAAAUGACAGUGCACAUUUUUGUAUCCACAAGAAAAUAUAUUAUUUUUAUAGCACAAAAUUAAUUUUAUUUCAUUCUUCUACAUUUUCUCCGUGCUAUGUUAAUAUAUUACUUUUAAUGGUUUUAAAUGUAAAUUAGAGAAAACAGCCUAACUGCAACAGUUAACAGAAAAUAUGCAUUGUCCUUAAAAAGAGGAAAAAAUUACUAGUAAGCUACAAUGAAGUGGUGUGAAGUGAUGUGAGUUGUUGAUAAAGAGUUAUUUGUGCAAAUUCUACUUAACAAAACUGUAUACAUGCCAAAAAUUAAGGUAUGAAAUACAACACACACUGAUCUUCAAAUGGAAAUAAGUCCAAAUUUAUAUAAAAUAAUACUUGUCUUCAUUGCAAUCCUCAUAUCCAGUGUCAAAAGUGUCCACAUUUUAAUUCUAUUUUCUUUGUCGUUUCACAAGAGGAUUUCUCCACUGUCUUGUUGCAUCAGGUGAUGGUGUUACUGGCUUGAAUGUGAAUUCUGUUAUACAGAACGGUACUAUUUAAAAUCACAAUUAACUCAUCACAAUACAGUAUCUUUCUAUGUUUAAUUAUUAAUUAUUGAAACAAUCAAAUCCAAAGCCAGCUGACAGACAUACAUAGAGAAAAUAAAGAAAAUGAAUCUCUU